GGAGAAAGAGAGAGAGAUCCAUGACCAUCUCCCGGGUGUUUAAAAAACUAACUCAGGACAAUAGCAGCGAAUGAGCGCUUAAUUAAAUUAAUUAGUCCUUCUUGUCAAUCUCGGAUUAAUGGCCAAUAGCGACUGUGCUGCUUAAUGUUUUUUUUUUUUUUUUUACCUCUCUUCUCUCUCUCUCUCUCUCUCCCAUAUCAGUGAAGGGGAAGGGGGGCUCAUCCCGGCAUCCUGAGGGGAGGUAAUUUGCACGGAUCAAGGGGGCAAGGCGCCGCAAAGUAUAAAUACUGUGACUUCAAUAGAGGAUCACCAGCAGGUUCCCAACUCCGCUACCAAAGGAGGAGGAAUUGGCUGAGAAGAUAUAUCGUUAUAUAUUUUUCACCUUCUCUCAGAGUUGGCAGCAUCACCUCGUAUCAUUUUCAAGGGGGUCGACGACUUUAAAACGAGCCACACCAUUGAUGUCUUAAGCUGUCGUGGAGCAGAGGGAGAGAGUGUGUGUGAGUGUGGUGGUGGUGGUGGUGGUGUGUGCUUUUUUUAUAUGUAUAAGAAAGCAGUGAUGGAAGAGCUCACCGCUUUCGUGUCUAAGUCGUUCGAUCAGAAAGUGAAAGAGAAGAAGGAAGUGAUAACCUACAGGGAGGUGUUGGAGACCGGGUCGACGCGAGCGGGGAGCAGGGAGCCUUUAACCGCGGAGCCGGGGAGCCGAGAGGAAGCGGCCGGUGUCACCCGGAACGUUGCGCUCUCGCCGGGCAGGGAAACGGACAUGCUCGGCCCGGAGAGAAUCAGGGACGCCGGGAGCCCCAAACUCAUAGACGGCACCACGGACGUGAAGGAGAGGAAAGAGGACUCGAAGCCUAUAGAGGACGAGACACAGACUAAAAUCAAACAGAGGAGAAGUCGGACUAACUUCACGUUAGAGCAGCUCAACGAGCUGGAGCGGCUCUUCGACGAGACCCACUACCCGGACGCCUUCAUGCGGGAGGAGCUUAGUCAGCGACUGGGACUGUCGGAGGCCCGAGUACAGGUUUGGUUCCAGAAUAGAAGAGCCAAAUGCAGAAAGCAGGAGAACCAGUUACAUAAAGGAGUCCUGAUUGGAGCAGCGAAUCAGUUUGAAGCUUGUCGUGUAGCGCCAUAUGUCAACGUGGGGGCUUUACGGAUGCCAUUCCAACAGGAUAGUCAUUGCAACGUGCCACCCUUCUCCUUUCAGGUGCAGGCGCAACUGCAGCUGGACAGCGCCGUGGCCCACGCGCAGCACCACCUGCACUCUCACCUGGCGGCGCACGCGCCCUACAUGAUGUUCCCCGCGCCGCCGUUCGGCCUGCCCCUGGCGACGCUCGCGGCCGAGUCCGCCUCCGCCGCCUCGGUCGUGGCCGCCGCCGCCGCCGCCAAGAACACCAGCAAGAACUCCAGCAUCGCCGACCUGAGACUCAAGGCCAAAAAGCACACGGCCGCGCUGGGACUGUGACGCCAGGAAGACGCGCGGACGCGGGGCGUGCGCACGCCACGCGGCACAUCCUCGCGACCGAGAGACGUUAUACACAAGCGCUUACAGAGUGAAAAAACCCAAGGACAAAGUGAGAAAAAAUUAUCCAUGGACGAUAUUUAUGUUUUCUUUUUUAAAUGAAGGACGACGAGUAUAACUAUAAAAAUAUAGGCUAUUUAUGAGAUAAAGAAAAGACGCUGAAAAAAGAGACUGUGACGUGAUAGCCUACACAGACGUGAUUUUUGGACGCAAAAAAGAGAGAAAGAAAGUGACGGAUGGGACGGAUAGCGAGGGUCUUUCUCUGCCGCCACAUGGCUGAGGAAGGCGGCGGGACACCCCGAGGAGGAGGAGGAGGAGGAGGAGGAUGCAGCUGGGACGGUCGAUACUUUGCCAAACAUGGCGACCCAUUCUGCAGUUGUUUUGUUCUGUUCGAAUAUUAUAUUAUUAUUGUUCUGGUUACAUUUUGAACCUAUAUAGAGGCUGGCCUCGUUAUAUUUCAAAAAAACACUUUUCUCUGUGACAGGACAGAGCGGGAAUUCUUUGACAAAAUAGAGACAAAAAAGAGACAGUAUUCGAAGUGUUUCUCCCUCUUCUGUUUCUUGUCCAAAUUCAAAAUGCCUCAGCAGCGUUUGCAUGAGUUUGUCUUCACGGAUGACGUGAUGUGAGCCACCUCCCACCCCCUCUCUCUGUCUGUCCUCUCCUCUCUCUCCCUCUUUCCUUCCCUUUUCUGAGGAAGGAUCGACUCUCACUUGAAUGUUUGGCCUCUCUGACCUUGUGUGGACCUCCUCUGGUAAAGGUGAAUCUACAGGCGACACACCAGAAAUGUGAGAUUAUAAUAAUAUGUGUAAGGCUAUUCUGAACUUUUUUUUUUUCCUGUCAGGAUGACCAGAUCUAGUGUCCAUAUUUUACAAGGUGGUGAUUUGUCCCCUUUUAAGGGAGAGCGUUGUGACAUAAAUGUCAUCUCUUUACCACAGUUAACAAACGAACAAAUGACAGUAACACGAGGAGUGUGUAAUGCGAACCGGUACGGGCACGUGUAAAAUAUGUUUAUACACAAGAAACACGCAUUAUUUUUAUUAUUUAGUGGCUUAAUGAAUGCCUUGUGGGGAAGUUGUUCAUUUUGUAUUUUACUUUAUUUCCGUGUAUUAAAAAAAUCACGUGCUUUCUGUAUGUAAUGUUGAUGUUUUUAUAACAGUGAAAGUGAACUUAUCUGAGGCACGGGUUUCUAAGAAAAAGGAAAAAAAUAUUCAUGAAAUUGUUUUACUUUUUUUUCCAUCACAUGUGAAACGUGAAUCCACCGAAACAAAAUGUUUUUCGUUCCUAUAAUAAAUUAACUAAAGUUC